AUGGCAGGAUCCGGACACAUGUGGCCGAACAGUCAAGAUGAUUAUGAGCUAUUGGAGGUUAUAGGAGUUGGCGCUACGGCCGUUGUACAUGCAGCCUUCUGCCGUCCUCGAAGUGAGAAGUGUGCUAUCAAAAGGAUCAACUUGGAGAAAUGGAACACUUCCAUGGAUGAACUUCUUAAAGAAAUCCAGGCAAUGUCCAGCUGUAAUCAUGAGAAUGUCGUAACCUAUUACACCAGCUUUGUAGUGAAGGAGGAGUUGUGGCUUGUACUGAGACUGCUUGAAGGUGGAAGCUUGCUCGACAUCAUCAAGCAUAAGAUGAGAAUUUCAAACUGUAAACAUGGAGUUUUUGAUGAAGCAACUAUCGCUACUGUACUAAAAGAAGUUUUGAAAGGUCUUGAAUAUUUCCAUCAAAAUGGACAAAUUCAUAGAGACAUCAAGGCUGGUAACAUUCUCCUUGGAGAUGAUGGAAUCGUGCAAAUUGCUGAUUUUGGUGUUUCCGCUUGGCUGGCAACUGGACGCGAUCUAUCGCGGCAGAAGGUCCGCCACACGUUUGUCGGGACUCCAUGUUGGAUGGCGCCCGAAGUCAUGGAACAAAAUCAUGGAUAUGACUUUAAAGCUGAUAUUUGGUCCUUUGGAAUCACAGCUAUUGAAAUGGCCACCGGAACGGCUCCCUACCACAAGUAUCCUCCUAUGAAAGUAUUGAUGCUGACUUUACAGAACGAUCCGCCCACAUUAGACACGGGAGCGGAAGAAAAAGACCAAUAUAAGGCUUACGGCAAAACUUUCAGGAAAAUGAUUUCUGAAUGUCUCCAAAAAGAUCCAACUAAGAGACCAUCAGCGACCGAGUUACUUAAGCAUUCAUUCUUCAAGAAAGCAAAAGAUCGUAAAUAUCUCGUGCAAACAUUGGUGUCAAUCGGACCGAGCAUGGAGACUAGAGUACAUAAGGCUAGCAAGCGUCAACCGGGAACUUCGGGACGUUUACACCGAAUGGAAACUGGAGAAUGGGUGUGGGAGAGUGAUGAAGAGGAUGACGACGAGGACGGAGAAGCAGCCGAUCGUCCGAUGAACCAAUUACUUAGAGCGGAUUCUUCCGACAGCGAAAGUGAUAGUGAGGGCCGCGCUGGCUUUACAAUUGGUUCCAUAGAAGCCGAGGAAGCGCCACUUAUCAACCUCGUUUUAAGAAUGAGGAACUCGCGAAAGGAACUCAACGACAUCCGCUUCGAGUUCGCUCCCGGAAAGGAUUCAGCGGACGGCAUCGCUACCGAGUUGGUUGGAGCUGGUCUCGUAGACGGACGCGAUUCGGCAACCAUCGCUCAGCAAUUGCAAGUCCUUGUCGACUCCCACAUUUUCCCCAGCGGAGCCCCGGCACCUCGCACGUUAACUUUCCGUUUGGAAUCCGCGGAUCCCGCAGAGCCACUGGAUGAGAAAGGUCUCAUAGGCUACGCGCAGUUAUCUAUCGUCGACUGAUUCUUUUCUACCUCCCUAAAGGACAAUAACUCGAGUAUUUAACUUUCCAUAGUGCGUUUAGCCACUGAGCACUUUUGCUAUUUACCUAUUGACGAAGCAUGAGAGCACAAAUGGUAACCGAUACUAAGUCGCGAGUCGUUGGCUUCCAAAUUAUCUUAAUCACUGUUGUAUCACGUAUAUAGCUAUAUAGCGCAUCGCUGAGACUCUUAUUCUUCAAGUACAGAUAAAUCCAAGGGAAAAGGCACCAAUAGAAUAUUUUCUUAGUAUUCUUAUAGGUAUCAUUAGAAGAAAACCAUAA